AUGGCCACGAGAACGACAAAGAUGAGCUGCGUGACCAUAUACAGAGCACCGCUUUCGAUGAUUAGCAUCAUCGGGCGCCCGCCGGACGCGAUUUUCAAAAUCGCUGGCGUUCCAUGCUCGUCGACGACGGGAAUGCGAGUUAAGUACCAGAGGCGACCAGCGAUGAGCCCAGUGACCAUAAUAUUUGUGCAAAGAGGUAAAACAUAUCCGGCAACAGUCAAGGGUACAAUCUCAGUUGGAGGAACUGGUGAUGUCGGGUUGAUUGACAAUAAUAAGGAUGGGAUGGGCAAAAUGCACCCUGGCACACGGAAAGUGAAGAACUCAGUAGAUUGGCUCCCAUCAUUGCAGGAGUUUCGUCUCCGAACUCUGAAAACGGAGUAUAUUCCUGUGCCAAUUGUAGAAAUGGUUGAAUACCAAUGCAAAAUGAGCCGUCGAUGUUAUAAACAGGAGGCAAUUUGCAACCCAGAUUACUCGAUUGCAGGGAAUCGCGCACCAUACAAAAAUGCCUCGCAUACCACACCUAUGGUUGCAGACACAUUGAUUGAGAUGUCCAUCACAACUUCAGAGGGAGAAGAGGGCAGGAAUGCAGGAAAUUCGAGUCAUGCUGCGACACCCUAUUACCAUUGA